ACUAUAUUUCUUUGUUCCCUCCUGUGUGUGUGAUCUUUCUCCCUUCCCACCUUCCUUCCUGCAACUACGGCAGAAGACCUCGUAGCAUUUGAACUGCAUGUGCGUGUGUGUGUGUGUGAUCGCUCGGUCAUACUUGGACUCGUCGUGCAUUGCAUGCAUCUCUCCCGCCCUUUUAUGCCUCUUUUUUACUGUUUCAUUUUCAUUGGAUGCUUAAUCGCUUCCAUCGUUCCUUUUUUUUUGUUGUUGUUUCUCGUGCAGUUUGCAUUCAUUCUCUCCCCUUUCUUCUCCAAGUCAGCAAUAAUCUGCAUCACACCACAUCGUCAGAUCCACUGGUGGGAUCUUGUGCGGUUAUUUAUUUUAUUUGGACAUGUUUAUUUGGAACCAAUAAUUGUGGACCUUACCAUCUUCAUCUGACAUUAUAUAAUCUUUUUACCUUUAAUGCAUAUUGCCUUCCAUCUUAGAAAAAAAAAAAAAAAAAAAAAAGUCCAUUUGUCCAUUCAUCAUUAUUCUCGC